AUGACAGAUUCUGCAGAAUUACCUGUUGCAAUUCCAGAAGGUGUAGUGAAAGUGGCUGCAGCUGCCCCUAAAGUGAUGGUAGAAGUUCCCAGGUCUGCUGGUGUUCUGGGAGUGAUGACCAGUCCCUUGAAGCCUUCAAUGUUUGCUAUGCCUGUUCAUUCCCUCCAAGGUUCAUCUGCCACGACCUCCUUUGCUGAUCCAGAGCUAGCAGAGUUUGAAGCCAUGGACUUAGAUGCCCAACUAGACAGAUUGGAGAUGCUCAGCCCUCCUGUAGAAAAGGCAAAAUCCAAGGCAGUGGAGGAGGCUAUGGAGAGGCUGAAGAUCUGGCAGUCUACUAAACUGGAGUUGGAUGAGGAUAGGGAAGCCAUUGACCAGCUGAUGAAGGAUCUGGACCUGCUGCACAGACAGAACAUGGCCCUUAAACCUAUACUUGAAAUGAGCCUUGGCUUGGCAAGGGAUGUGCUCGACCUUCACGACCGUUAUGAGGAUCUCAAGCCCACCUUCAAAACUUCUGAGUUCUGCAAGGCCACACAUGAAGCCAACUUGGCUGAUUUUGUAAAGCAGAAAGUAGAAUUGGAUUAG